UAAUGGGGAGAGAGGUUAUGAUAGAAGUGCAGAUAUUGUGGAAGAAGCCAGCUGGGGUAGAGGAGAGGGCAUGUUCUGCUCCUCGGGAUCACUGGAUGCCUGUGUAUUCCCACUACUUGAUGGCGGGACUCAGGUUUCCACUUCCUGAGUUGUUGAUAGCUUUGUUGUUAGAUUACAACAUAGGGUUGACACAGUUAGUCCCCAACGCAAUGAGGGGGAGUAGCAAGAGAGACAAGGGGUGGUAUUAUUUCACCCCGAGGGUAGCUAAUAGGGAGGGUAGGAUUUUAUUUACAGCGGGUCCUUCAUCCAUUAAGGGAUGGAAGGAAAAAUUCUUUUUUAUAGAUGAUAUGGAGUGGGGAAAAGGGGAUGCCGAGGUGAGGACGUUAGCUUCCUGGAAGGCCAAAAGGGCCAACCAGAAUAGGUUUAGCCUAACCGAGGAUGAGGAGGAGGAAGUGGGGAGGUUGGAGAGGAAGAAGGGGGAUGUGUUGAACAUCAUGGACCUCACCAGCGCAGCAUGCAUAGAAGCUGCUGAGCUCUAUGGGCCAAGCGCUCUGAGUGAAGCUGACAUGAAUCAAUUUCUGGGCACAGCUGGAGGAAAGGCGAUCCCCAAGAAGCCAAGGAAGAAGUCAAGGACUUCAACCAGACAAGUGGAUGAGGGGAGAACUGGGAAGGAGGUGGUGGCUGCUGUUUCAGAGGAGACGGGGGAGGAUGUGCCACCACUGAAGAGAAAGAGUUGGGAGGAGAGGAGGGCAUUGGAGAAGAAGAGGAAGGUGGUGGAGGAGGUGGAGAGGGAUGAGGUGCCUGAGUUUGUACCUCAGCCUCCUCCUGUUGAGCUGAACCCUGAGCUCAGACGGUUGGAGGAGGGGGCUGAGGUACGAGCUCCUGGCAAGGGAAAGGGCCCUAUUCCUCCACUGGGGCCUCAGAGCAGCCUGUUCGAGGCGAACAACAUGAUGGGGGCUAGGUGGUUCAUGCACAACACCUUCCCCGAAGUGGACCAACGCUUCGCUCGGGAGGAAGCUCUGAGGUAUGGGGGAGCAUCUGUGGUGAAGCACGCUCUAGAGAAUGCGAGCUGGGUGAAUGGUCUAGCCCAGGAGUUCAGGGAGAGCACAAAGGAGCGUGCACGCUUGCAGAGGCAGUGUGACCAGCUGCAAAAGGAGAAGGAAGAGCUGGAGAAAAAAAAUAAGGAGCUGCAAGCGUCGCUGGAUGAGGUGGUUCCAACUCUGAAGCAGUUGGAACAGGAGAGGGCUUCCCUGGGCACCAAGCUCGGCUUUGAAGAGACCAAGCGAAAGAUCUCUGAAAGCGAGCGUGAGGCUCUGGCGCAAGAGUUGAAACUGACGAAGGAGGCCUUCUUGGAGCUGAAGGGGAAUGUGCAGACCUUGGUGCACAACGGAAUGAAGGAGCACAUUGGCAACUUCAUCAGCUCCAGUUCGUUUGACAACAUCGUCAACCUCUACCGACUGCCAACUGCCAUCAUUGCCUUCACAGACUGCAGAAAAAAGGUGAAGACUGUCUAUCCCGAAGUGGAUGUGACAAGGAUAACUUUUGGAGAGCAAGAAGCUGGAGUGGAGGAAGAUGGUGAAAGCAUGUCAGCAGACUUCCGCCCAGAAAUCAAACUGAAGUGGGAUCAUGAUGCUGAUGGGCGCACUGUUUUCCCUCCGAACUUCGACUUCGAGUUCGUGGCAGUGGAAGAAGAAGGGGCAGAGGUAGAGGAAGAUGAGGUGGAGGCAGGAGUGGAAAGAACUGGAACGAGCAGCAGCCAAGGCAGCCACCUCUUCCAGCUGAAGAGGAGCUAGUGGAGCCACC